AUGAUCGUCUUCUGCUUGGUCGUGUUACCACUUCCAAUGCACUGGCGUCGAGCAAUGAUGAGAGCUUUCAAGUCGUCUCCUGUUGUCGCAAAAGCUCUCUACGCUCUUAAGAUUAUUUUCGCUUUCAUCUUUUUACUGUUUAUUGACACGUUUAACCGAUUGCAACGCAUUGGUGAAGAGGCCGAACAAGAGGAAGGACAUCAUCACGAUUACAGCUUCGAAGCAAGCUUGAAGGCCAAGCGCUUCUAUGCUCAACGCAACCUGUACCUGACUGGAUUUACCUUGUUUUUGUCUCUGAUCCUCGAGAGAACGACAGCACUGGUUGUUGACAUGCUUGAGCGUGAAGAGCAGCUUCAACAUAUGAAGAAGGAGAGUGCCACUGCCAAUGAUGAUACCAACAGACUUGUUGAAAUUGACUCGUCGUACAAGAAGCAGAUCGACGACCUGAAGGCCGAAAUCGGUGCAUUGAAGAAACAAAGGCCGGAUUUCGAAUCGUUGAAGAAGCGAGCAGGCCAGCAAUCGACUGAAUACGAUCAGCUGGUCAAGGAACGUGAUGCAUUAUUGAAGAAGUAA